AUGUCAACUCAAAUCCAAAAUCUCAAGACCUUUGGUAAGCCCCUCCCAGCCCGAUCCGCCACCAGUUUUCACCACCUUGCCGCCCGCGAUUAUGGUCAGCGUGACAUCGCGACCGCCGCGGACGACCCCUUCGCGGAGGCCGACGACGAUACUGGGGAGUCUAAGCAAACCCAGAAUUACAUUCACAUCCGCAUCCAGCAGCGCAAUGGUCGUAAGACUUUGACGACUGUUCAAGGCCUCCCGAAGAAGUUCGAUCAGAAGAAGAUUCUCAAGGUGAUCAAGAAGAAGUUCGCUUGCAAUGGAACCAUCGUUACCGACAGUGAGAUGGGCGAGGUGAUCCAGCUUCAGGGCGAUCAACGCAAGGAUGUUCAAGAAUUCUUGGUCGCAAAGGAUGGUCUCGAGCUAGACUCCAAGACCAUCAAGGCUGGCACAUCAGCCUACCUCGCCCACCUCUUCGCCUCCUCUCUCAUGUCCCGCUGGCUUCUACACUACUCCCCCUUUGCCGUCACGCUCCGCCUCCUCAGCAUGUCCAUCCUCCUCUCCUAUAUCGGCAUUCAAUGCUUCCGCCUACUCGGGGCCUUCCAACCCAACCUCGCCGCGCUUAGCCGCAGCUUCCCGAUCUGGAUCAUCAUCUCCAUCGUGCUCCUGUUGUUAUAUUUCUGCACCCAGCAGGAUAUCUCGAUUGAGAAGGACCGGGAUGAUCGGCGGAGGCGAUUGGUAUUGCGGAGUAAGUGUCUGUAUGCGAUGGCUGGGAGUAGUCUGUUCAUCUACAUGGCAUGUAUGCCUCCGUAUGACGGCCCUCCCGCAGACGCCACAGAUCUCAACGCUGACAUCGUUGGUAAAGGAGUUCAAUUCAGCACAUUCGCCCCUGCUGCUGGCAUGAUCGUCACUUCGCUUUUAGGCUACUUCCAUGUCGCGAGUUCUGGGGCUAAGGAACUUGGGGUAGCACAGCUUUUCAACAUGGGCUGUUUAGCCAUCAAUCUCUGCAGCCGCUUCAGAGAUCUCAAAAUCCCCGAGCUUCUGGCUGUCCUCAUCUCAAUAGACCUCUCGUCCUCGGUGCUGUCAAUAAUGCUGGUCGACAAAGAAGUACUCGCUGCGCGCAAGCUAGUCUAUUCCACGUGCGUGGCUCAACUAGUCGCUGUUGGAGUCAUCGGUUACGUCGUGAGCCACAGUGAUGCUCUCAAGGAACCAGAUCCAUGGCGGUUCCGCGUACUAUGGUGGGGAGGCUUUACUGGCCCGUUCUUCUACCAUGACGAUUUCGCCCCUGAAAAGUUUUCCAGACUCGGUAACGUGGCCUGGUUAUUUUAUGCCAUCAAACUACUGGGCGUGAUAAGGUCGAUCGUCCGCAGUCUGACCCUCACUCACACCUUCGAUGACAGCGAGCGGAAGACCAAAGUCGAAGCUGCAGACCAAACUCUCCAGACCGAUGAAUCAGCGCCGAUCGAAUUAGCAGAGCUUUCUGGAGCAGAAAGCUCCCACGCAGUCAGUCCUGAAGCCAUACGAUUCCAGCCAAUAAGGUGGCUCGGUAUACCGGUUCCCUACAUACAAAUCUCAUACACCAAAUGCAUUGCCACCACCUCGACCGCACAGCUUGAGCACAUUCCUCAGAUCAUCGCAUCGAUGAUCGCGAUCGUUAGCUUGCUGAAAGAGUGCGGCUAUGAAGGUGGACAAUGGGUAGAAUGGGGCCAACUGGCGCCGGUGGGAGUUGCUUGUUUAGGCUUAAUGCAUUGGCUUGGGUACACAACUCUGUUGAAUUUGAUGUGGAAAGGACGACACCACUUUGGACUUCCGACCAUCCAGCGUUUCGAUGAGGCUAUGAUGUUGCUGGUUAUGAAUGGGGACUUGCCGCGCGAUCACCGGGAAUGA